AUGUCAAUAACAAUAACAGUGUCUGGUCAAUCUAUCCCACCUUCCACAACCUCUUCAACAUCUUCAACUUCGAGCUCAUCAACUACCACCACAACAACUACUGGUCCAUCAACCACUGGUACUCCUAAGCCAAGCACAACAUCAGGUAGUGCUUCAACUACUAGUACACCUACAACAACUGGUACUCCCUCAACUACUACUGGUGGUGGUGGAUCUGGAUGUACUGCCACUGUUCUGACUGCUAUCACAGGAUCAUGGGAUAGUGGCGGUGUCAAGUAUAACCAGUUCAAUGUUACCAUUGUCAAUGUUGGUGCCACGGCCAUCCCCUCAAAUGUUCAAAUUACUAUUGAUCCAUUAUAUGUGUCAUCCAUAUGGGGAGUAGACAAAGCUGGUACUGGCGUCUACUCUUUGCCAGACUACCAAAAGACAUCAUCAUUCUUGCCCGGCAAAGUCUACUCAUUCGGAUUGAUAUCGACGUUAGACAAGAUCAUAGUUGGUACCAACUGCAAGUCGGGAUCGCCAGUAGCCAUCACAGCAACCACCACAGGACAGUCCUCAUCGUCAGGUGUUAGCUCCAGCAGCACAGUGUCAACAGGCAAUCAACAACAAUGCAAGGGUACAUUCACCCAACGUGUGGUCAAUACUUGGACUGGUCCAUCGGGUCCCAACUCUGUUGUUGAGGUUGACGUCACCAACACGGGAACUGGAAGUAUAUGCUCUGUAUCUUUGACGAUUGAGGAUGCAGAACAAGCUUGGGGUGUACUCUGUAACGAACCAGGUGAGUUCACAAUCACUGGUCUAUCUCUUGGACCAGGCAACAAGUAUCAAUUCGGCUACAUUGUCCAUGAUUCCAAUGUGGCAGUCAUUAGUGAUCAACUCUUCACUUGUUCAUAA